AUGCCCACGUAUUCUACAUUGCUGCAGUCUAGAGGAAAGGUGAUGAAGGUCGUCAUCCUCAAGGAUGGGACGGGGUCUCCAAGCCAACCAGAUAUGAGAAGAUGGGUUGAAGAAACAUGCUUUGCAUUUGGAACAGAAGGUGGUGAGGUUUAUGAUGGUUCUUGGCUCCUGUGGGAGUUCCUUCCACAGUCUUGGAACAAUCCUCAAGAAAAUCCUAUCUCCUGUACAGAUGAGCUUUCUACUUAUUGUAAAGAGUUCCUGUGGGCCAGAGGAGUGGAGCUGUUAACUCUGCUCUUCAUCCCUGAGCGGGAGGCGCUCCCUGGAACCAUCCACAAAGUGAACUCAUUCGCCUCCUUCAAAACCCUCCGUAACACUUUCCUUUGCUGUGAGAUCUAUAAAAACUUGAGUGCUGAUGAGGCCAAGAUCAAAACCUCUCCCAACUGCCUGCUCUCUGUGAGAGUCAUCCGAGCCAGGAACAUCACCUCGAAAGACCUCUUCACUGUAUCUGAUUGCUACGUGAGCCUGUGGCUGCCAACAGCUUCAAAUAAAAAGGUCAAGACCAAAACCAUCAAGAAAACUGAUGACCCUGUCUGGAAUGAGACCUUUUACUUCAGGAUCCAGAAUGAGGUCAAGAAUAUCCUAGAAUUGACAGUGUAUGAUGAUGAUUCACUCACCAAAGAUGACGCACAAUUCACUGUUAUGUUUGAUGUUGCUAAAGUCAGGCCUGGAGAGGUAGCCUAUGAGAUAUUCUCUUUGAAAUCAGAGAAACAGGAGUCUCUGGAAGUAGAAUUCAAGAUGGAGAAAAUUCCUGGUCCUCCUGAGAAGCUCAUUACAAACGGUGUCCUAGUAUCUCGUGAAGUUUGCUGCUUAGAAGUUCAGGUGGACAAGGAGGAGAAUAAAAAGUAUUUGAAAGAGAAUAAAAAUGUUGUGCUUACGGUGGAUGCAUCAUAUGAAGGAACACAGAAAACCACUACGGACUCGGAUAUUUUCCGCUUUCACUGCAUAAAGAGUUGGGAGCCAAUACUAAAAGCCAGGCUGCAGUGUGUUUCAGAUACAGAAGAGAAUAAAGACAAUUCAGAUGACUCCUUAACAAUACCCUUGACAUUACUUGCUGUGGGACAGAAAGUGAAAGUAGGCCUUCCUGUAGAAAAGGGUACAAAGUUGGAGCUGCAGGUCCAAGUAAAUGAUUGCCCAGAGAGUCUAGAUGUGCGUUUAGGGUACAAUCUGUGUGAAGAGGAGCAAGAUUUCUUGCAGAAAAGGAAGAAGGUGGUUGCUAGUGCCUUGAAAAAGGUUCUUCAGCUGAGGAGAGAUCUGCAUGAGCAUGAGAUCCCAGUGAUAGCUGUCAUGGCAACAGGAGGAAGUGUCAGGGCAAUGUCAGCAAUGUAUGGCCACCUCUUAGGUCUCCAGAAGCUGAAUCUCUUGGACUGUGCUACCUAUCUCACUGGUACUUCUGGUUCAACAUGGACCAUGACCAACCUGUACAAAAAUGCCAACUGGUCACAGAAAACUCUGGAAGGGCCAAUCAGUCUAGCAAAGAAACAGGUGAUGAAGUGCAAGAUGAAUGUUAUUUCCAUGGAGCAUCUUAAAUAUUAUCACAAAGAGAUGAUUAAGAGGGCAAAAGGAGGACACAUCUCAUCUUUUACAGAGCUGUGGUCACUUGUUCAGGAAGCGUUUUUACAUGAUGAGCCAGAGGAGAGUAAACUCUCAGAUCAGCGCAAGGCUGUGGAUCAGGGUCAGAACCCCUUGCCUCUCUAUGCAAUCCUCAAUGUCAAAGCGGAACAAAUCAGCACUUUUAAAUUUAGAGAAUGGGUGGAGUUCUCACCUUACGAGGUGGGAUUCCAGAAAUACGGAGCCUUCAUUCGAUCAGAAAAUUUUGACAGUGAGUUCUUCAUGGGGAGGUUGGUGAAGAAACUCCCAGAGUCUCGGAUCUGCUUUCUGGAAGGUAUCUGGACUAAUGUUUUUACUCGGAAUUUGCUGGAUUGCUUAUACUGGUCCUCAAAUUCAGAUGAAUUCUGGGACCACUGGGCCAAAGACAUGGUAGAUAUGGGUAGAGAAAAUAAUGCUUCUGAUGACUCUUCCAUUGUCAUCAAGUCUCCAUGUUCCAUAUCAGGGAACCUUUGCGAAAUCUUUAAUGACAUUCUAACCACCCGCCCGCUACUGGAAGAGACUCAUAACUUCUUGAGAGGCCUAGAAUUUUACAAGGACUAUCUCCAACAGAGAGGAUUUAUUGAAUGGAAAGACACUGUGCUGGAUAUAUCCCCUAACAAACUGACUCCACGGGAGAAACAUCUUUGCCUAAUAGAUGUUGGCUAUUUCAUUAACACCAGUUGCCCACCGCUUCUCAAGCCAGAGAGGAACGUGGAUGUCAUCAUCUCACUUGAUUACUCGAUGGGCAAUAUGUUCCAGCAAUUAGAGAUGACAUACAGAUAUUGCAAAACACAAGGAAUCCCAUUCCCCAAAAUUGAGCUGAGUGAGGAAGACAAGAAGAAUCCCAAGGAAUGUUACGUGUUUUCAGAGGCAGAGAACCCCAGAGCUCCCACAGUGAUCCACUUCCCAUUGGUGAACAACACUUUCAAGGACUACAAGGAACCUGGGGUGAAGCGCAGUCCCUUGGAGAUGAAGGAUGGUGAUAUAAAUUUGACCAACAAAAACUCACCAUAUUAUUUUACAAAACUGGUGUACUCUGCUGAAGACUUUGACAAACUGGUAAAUCUGAGUAGCUACAACAUCCUCAAUAACAAAGACCUGAUUCUACAGUCCAUCCAGAGGGCUAUGGCAUGGAGGAGAACCAGCAUGAGUGGACGUUUACCCACCGGUUCUGAAGUUCAGUCUGCCUAGGCAGUAUUUCUGCAUCAUCUACCUGCUGUAGGUUACAGUGUUCUGCCAAUAUUUUACCAGAGGCACUGCUGGUUACCUAUUACAUUGUAUGAAGUGAUACGGCAUCUGUAUUUCUCAUCUUGUCCAUUUCAAAUUGUCUUAGCUGUAAACAAGUUUUAUUAAAAAAAUCCAGUUUUUGCAGCCAUACCAACCUCAGGCUGUGUUCUUAUAAGCUCCGAGGGUGGGGCCUGGUUAGUGGUUGAUAGGAGACCUCCCAGGAAAUCCUGGUGGUAGUUCAGUGAGUUACACUCUUCUCUCAGUGGCUGGGUCACUACAAAAAAAUAAUUUUCCCUCUGUUGAUAUUCACCCCUUCUUGUCAACUGUUGGGAAUGGGCCACAUCCACCCUAAUUGAAUUGGC